UACCCUGUUACGCUUGUUUAUUAGACGUUGUUGGUGAACAUGAGCAAUGAUACAGUUUGUUUUGGUGACACUUUACGUGAUAAGAAACACGAGAGGUUAUCCUUACCUUUAUCAUUUAAUGAAGAAAGGGAUCAGCUCCUCCCUGGGUUUUAUGUCAAGCAGCACGUGUUCUUGUACACUAGAAGUAAUGACACAUUGGAACCAGUGGAUGUGACUGCUAUUAAAUACUGGGAACAAUCUAAACUGCUAGCUAUUGGUAGUGAGACUGAUCUGGUUAUUAUUGAUAUUAAUAUUAAUCAAAUACUUCACGUCUUGGGAAGUAUAACAAGCAUAUUAUGUAAGGAAUAAUGUAACUUGACAUGUGCACCUACACUGUACAUU